AAAGGACUUUUUUGUUCCGGUGCAGUUGGCUUUAUAAAGUGAUGUUCAACCACAUUGCAUUAUGAUGCGUUUCUGUCACUUCAGGGAUCGCUAUAUUUUGUUGACAUGGUUGGGGUUAGGUGUGUUCUAGGCCUUGUGGCCCUUUUGGCAAUCUCUGUCUGGGCUGAAAGUGAGGUUCUGUCAACUUCAGAGCGAAUUGAGAGAGCCAACAGAGAUAUUGUCCGUUCUCCUGAUGAACCCUACAUAGUGGAUGAUAUUGCAUACGGCUCGGAGGCGGAGAGAAACGCUGACCCCUGCACCGCUUCUGGCUGCAUGUGGCCCAAGUCCGCUGAUGGACAUGUCUACGUGCCCUACACCCUUUCCAGCGUGUACACCUCUCGUGAGGUGGCAGUCAUCGAGCGUGCUCUGCAGUCCUUCGAUUCUUUUUCUUGUAUCCGUUUAAUCAGACGCACAAACGAGAGAGACUACUUGAAUAUCCAGAGUCUUAAUGGAUGCUACUCCUACAUCGGCCGUCUUUACUAUGCGCAGGAACUGUCCCUGCAGCAAUCAGGCUGUGUUUACUACGACACUGUCCAGCACGAGGUGCUCCACGCUCUGGGUUUCAAUCACGAGCAGACACGUUCUGACCGCGACGAACACAUCCGCGUUUUGUGGGAGAACAUCACUCCGGGAAUGGAGCACAACUUUGACAAAAUCAACACUUUGAACCAGGGAACCCCCUAUGACUAUGGCUCUGUUAUGCAUUACCACAAGUACGCCUUCUCCAAGAACAACCAGCCCACUUUGGUGGCUAUCCCUAAUUCCAAUGUGGAGUUUGGAUAUGCCACUGAGAUGAGUCAGAUGGACAUCCUCAGGCUCAACAGGCUGUAUGGAUGCUGAACAAUCUCAGACAGAUGAGCAGCAUGAUGCAAACAAUCCAACUCUUCUUUGAAAAAUAUCAUCAUCAUCAUUGAACAGUCACUUGAUCAACAAAAUAAACAUUUUAAAAUAAUUCAAUAAACCUCCAAUAAAGCA